AUGGGGGGCCCCCUUGGGCGCUCCCCUCUGGUCUUAGCCGGCUGUGCGCAGGCGCUCACCCCAAAAGUCGCCUGCGACUUUCAGGACCCGCUCUGCUCCCUGAAGGCCCGCUUCAUUUUCGGGGCCGCUGUGAUCAACAACACGGCCUACUACAGCGGUGGCCUCGACGCGAACGCCCCCACGUACCCCCUCAGUGGCAGCUACCUCGAGGCCGUCGAUAUCAACACCCUCGCGCCGCGCACUCUGCAGACGGUGCCGGACGCCCAGCUGAACACAAGCCGGUACCGGCAGCAGCUCGCGCCCUGGGGCGAUGACAGGAUCGUCAUGGUGGGCGGCCAGUUUGACGACCGCAACGGCGCCAGCGUAAAAACAAUGACGAUGGUGACACUUGACCUGGCAUCUCGCGAAUGGCAGCUCAAGCGCUCGUUCUGGCAGGGCAACGGCGUGCUCGACACCACAACUCUUGAGGGGGCCCCCCUCGGUGUCGGCAUCAAGCCCAAUGGCCUGAAGCAGCUAAACGCCGGCGAGGGGGGCACGAUCCUCUCGUCGAUCCUGACUAACACCGCCGAGGGGCUCCACCUGUACCUUUGGAGCAACACCAAUGCCACCUUUGAGGGACGCAAGGGACUACAACGCGUGCAGGUGCUCACACGCUUUGCCCUGGAUCUUGCUGGGGAAAAGGAGGACCCGAAGAUCAUCCACACGCCGCUCAACGUCUUCAUCGCCGUGCCGCCGAAGUUGAAGCUGGCCCAGCUGCGCAGCAUCGACCUGCCGCUGCUGGGCAGCAUCACCGUCUCUGCGGCGGAGGUCGCGUCGGGCCUGGUCGCAGCCAUGCCGUACGUUGGGGAUGUCGAAUUGGUCACUGAUCUGGACAGCCGCAACGUCGCGAUCAACGAGAUCCCCGGCGGCCUCAUCCUGCGUGGCACCUCCAAGCCAAGCGACGAGUGCGUGACUACGGGCGAGACCGCGGACAGCCAGAAGAAGUGGGCGCCCUUCAUCAUGACCAUCCGCCUGCUAAAGGGCAAGCCCGCCACGUUUAAGGCCACGGGCGCCAAUACUUGGUGCGCGACCGCCAGCUCAGUGGAGUGGGUGACCAUGAUUCAGGAUGCCAACUUCCAGACCAAAGGCAUGCGCGGGCUGCACGGCGUCGACGCCCCCGGUGGCGGCAAGCAGCUGAUGCUGGUGUCGCCGCGGUUCUUGUUGGCCCUGGGGUACUUCCCAAGUUAUGCAGACGGUGAGCCCCUGCAGGGCGCCUUCAUCGAUGCGUCCACUCGGGCAAUCACUCAGUUCACGGCCAAGCCCCCCAAGGGCUACAACUACCCACAGUACGUCGCCGCGUGCGUCACCCGGCCAGCGGGUGGCGCCCAGGUGUACAUCGAGUAUGGCGGCGCCAUCGGUUGGGGCAUCCCGAAGCGCACCGUCCUGAACGACGUCUCUGCCAUGCCGGUCCCCUCCAAGGCCAGCGCUGCCGCCUCGUUUGGCCCAGUCGCCGGCACCGCCAGCUUGCCGCGACGCGCGCAGGCUGCGAUGGCGUGCGCGCCGGACGGGCGGGCGUGGGUGUUUGGAGGCCUGGAGGAUGUGGGCAACAAGGAUGCGACCAAGUGGGCGCCCACCGCCGACCUGAGCGCCAUCGCCCUCAAGGGUGGCGCUGGAGCGCUCAGCCUCACCGCCUCAUCAUCCAAGCCGCCCGCCAAGCCCGCCGCCGGCGCGGACGAGGCGCCGGAUGCACAGGCGUGGCCGGGCGUGCGCUUCGGCGCGGGCAUGGUUUUCCUGCCGCCAGCGGUGACCAAGACCAAGGCGGGCUCGCUUCUGUUGUUCGGCGGCAGCAGCGGCAACGACCCCGAGCUGUUCAAUGUCAACAACAUGACGAAGUCGCCGCUGCUGGGGGACACCUGGCUCUACGACGUCGCCGCUGUCUCCUGGGCGCCCCUCCGCACCGCCGGCGCGCCGCCGCCGGCGAUGAUGUGGCACGCGAUGGCCGUCGACGGGCGCAGCGUGCUGCUGUACGGCGGCCGCGUGAUGAACGCGACCACUGACACUUGGGGCCUGGAUUCAAACGUGUACGCCCUCGAGUUCCCAGAGUCCGGCGGGCUCGCAACGUGGCGCUCCGCGCCCGUCCAGAACCAAAACCGUGGCAGUGCGCUGCAGACGGAGUUCCCCAACACGGCGAUCGUCCCCAUCGCCGGCCAGAUGGCGCUACAGCACGAAAAGGAAAUCAAGUUCGCCCCCGCUUUCCAGAGCGUCGUGCUGUCGGGCGCGAGCACGGACAUCGCGUCGGACUGGGCCGCCAAGACGGCAGAUCUCACGGCGGGCGACUGGGUGAUGCUCUCGCCGGAGAAGGGCGUGCUGGAGCUCACUGCGCCGCUGACCAUUGCGGGUGACAUCAUUGUCACCGGCAGCCCCAAGGCGGCCGCCAACGCGGGCGCGGCCGUCGUCGGCGGGCGCCGGCUGGCGGCGGCGGGCGCGCCCAGUGACACUGUGGUGCUGCGGUGCGGCAAGACAACGGGCACCGCAUUCCGCAUCAUGUCGGCCGGCGCCGUGCUGCGCGAGCUCACGGUCACCGGCUGCAACGCCAGCGCGGUGCACCUACUGCCAGACCCCUCCAGCCCCUCCACCCGCUACCCCGAGGACGACCCUGUGAUCCUACAGGACGUCACCCUCACCGCCAACCCCGGCGUCGCGCUGCGCAUGGACAAUGGCACCGCCGCCUCGCUCGUCCGCGCGGCUGUGACGCGCAACGGCCGCGGCGCGCAGGCGGGCGGGUACGGCGCGGUGUUCGCGGCCCCCGGGUCGCUGCUCAACCUGACCACGUCGGAGCUGUCGCGCAACAACGGGUCCGCCGUGAACUUCACGGGCGUCAAGCUCUUCGCGGACGGCUGCAACUUCAGCCGCAACACAGCUGCCGACGGCGCAGGCAUCUACUCCCUAUUUGUCCAGCCGCCCUCUGCGCUGUACACGACCGGCGGGACCGGCACGGUCGUCCCGCCGACGGGCGAGGUGCACAUCACGGGGUGCAUCUUUGCCCUCAACAACGCGACCCAGGCCGGCGGCGGCGUCUACAUCGGCAACAGGAUGUUUGCGUAUAUCGUGAACAGCAGCUUCGUCACGAACGCCGCCGCGGAGGGCGCCGGCGCGCACGCCGCCCGCGACGGGUGCCUCGAGUCCAUCGUCAACACGAACUUUACCGGCAACGCCGCCGCAGAGCGCGGCGGCGGCCUGCUCAGCCGCGCGCCGCUGUGCUCGAACAGCGCGAUGGCGUGGGACCGGCUCAGCCUUGUCAACAACACCGCGGCCGGCGACGGCGGCGGCGCAUAUGUGUCCGAGGUCGCGUUCAGGGUGAUCAACGUCACAAACUCGCGCCUCGCUGACAACAGCGCAAACGGCACGCUGCCGCCGCGCGGCCGCAGCGGCGACGGCGGCGCCGUGUACCUCGGGACGUGGAGCAGCCAGGUGCUGCUGGCCAACACCACCCUGGCCGGCAACUUUGCCGCGCGCAGCGGCGGCGGCGUGCACGCAAUCAUGCUGUCGCAGGACGACAAGGUUGACCUGUCCCUCGUCGGCUGCAACGCGAGCGGCAACGCCGCCGGCGCGCCAGGCGAGCCCGCGUCGGAGGGCGGCGCGCUGCGCGUGCUGGGGUCCGUCGCGGCGCUCUCCGUCGCCGCGUCGUCCUUUGACGGCAACUAUGCCGGCCAGGGCGGCGCCAUCAGCUUCGGCGCCGACCGCGGGACUGUCAGCGUCGUCGACGGCAGCGCGUUCACCGCCAACACCGCCGCCGUCGCCGGCGGCGGCCUGCUCGCCGGGGAGAGCAGCAUGCUGGAGCUCGACGGCGUCUCAUUUGAGGACAACGUCGCCAACGCGUCGGUGCCGUUCUUCGGCUACUCCUCCGACCUGCCGUGGAGUGGGUCGGCGGCGCCGGCAAGCGGCAAGGCGGGAGGCAGCAACGCCGUCGGCGGCGGCUUCUUUUGCUACCGCUGCAACAACGCCAGCGUGGUCAACUGCACCUUCGUCAACAACAGGGCCGGCAAGUACGGCGGCGGCGGCGCGGUCGUGCAGCCGUUCACCGGCGCAGCGGUCGUCGACUCCCAGUUCACGAGCAACACCGCUGGCGGCCCUGCCCCGCCACCCACCCGCCGCCGCCUGCUCGCUGCGGCGGCGGCCCCCGGCUCGCCCGGCGCCGCGGCCGGGCGCCCGCUGCAGUGCGGCGCGAGCGGGGACUGUGCGAACGCGGGCUUCAUGCUCGGCGCGUGGGCGACCACCGUUGAUGUCACAAACCCUGUUGGCGACGACGGCCAGUACGGCGGCGGCGGCGGCCUUUAUGUGUCCACCCUCGGCCCUGUUAACAUGACCAACACACAUUUCAUCAACAACAGGGCCCUCAGCGGAGGCGGCAUGAUCGCGCGCACGGACCUAUGCCAGCCGGGCGCCCCCGGCUGCACCCUCUGGCUGCUCGGGAAGGACAACCUGCUGAAGUCAAACGACGCCGGCGACGGCGCCGGCGGCGGCCUGCUGAUCACCAAGCUCGCGCGCGGCCUGGUUGAGCUGCCCGCAUGCGGCAGCCUCAACAACGAGGCCGCCUUCCGCGACUGCCUCGGCGGCGCCCGGCUCCGGCCUCAGCCCCAGCCGAGGGCCGCCAGCGGCGGCGGCGGCGACGCUGGCACAUCGACGGGCCGGCGCGCGCUGCUCGCGGACGCGGCGGCGCCGCCGCCGCCGGCGCUCAACGCAGUCAGCGACGUCGGCUACGGGCAGGACCUCGCGUCCGCCGCGACGACGGCGCACUUUAUGAAGGUCAACGGGGUAGACCUGGAGUCCGAGGCGCCGGUGGCGUCCAGCACGUCGGCGGCGCCCGGCAACCUCGUGAAGGUCGAAAUGGGGCUGAGGGACGUGCUGAAUCGGACCGUCCAAGGCGACAUCAGCGACGCGAGCAUGAUCUUGCAGGCGACCCUGAUGCGCGCCUCCGCCAACGGCACCUGGCAGCCCGCCCAGAACAUCACGCGCCUCGGCAACAUCACCCGCGCGUCUAACGGCCGGCUUGAGUUCCCGUCCCUCCAGGUCUUCGGCACGCCGGGCGACUACCUGCUGCAGUUUGCCCCGCUCGACCCCAACAACCGCGUGCUGCAGCCCGCAAACCUCAGCCUGACCCUCCGCACAUGCGUGACGGGCGAGGCCGGCGUGGAUGUCAACGCGCGCUCCGACGCGGACAAGCCCUGGCGCGACGCGGGCGUGAACUUCAGGUGCGAGCAAUGCGCGGCCGGCACCUAUAGCCUCGACCCCGCCGUCGGCUCGUGCAUCCAGUGCGAGCCGUCGAGCAACGCCGACUGCCGCGGCGUCGCGCCGAUCCCGGUGCGCGGCUUCUGGGUCAGCCACCCGCGCAGCCCGCUCAUCCACCGGUGCCUGGUUGACGCGGCGUGCAGCAAGUUCAACUCGACGCGGCCGCCGGCGGGCGGGGCGGGCGCGGAGGCGAUGUACCAGUGGGCCCUGAGGUAUAGGAACAAGACCGUUCCGGAGCUGGGGGCGCUCGUGGUCGGCGAGAGGGCGGGCGGGACGAUGCCGCUGUACGAGGAGUACACGAACAUGCAGUGCUCUCCUGGGUACCAGGGCAUCCUCUGUGGCGAGUGCUCGCGCGGCUGGGGCCGCCGCGGCUACCGCUGCGUGCAGUGCGAGCGCCGCCGCUGGAUCAACGACACCUACUACUUCUUCGCGAUGCUCUACAUGAUCGUCCUCGUCACCAUAGCCGGCUUCAUGCACAUCCGCCAGGCCCAGAAGCGCCAGCGUGCCGUGACGGUCACCGACGAGCUCGCCUUCGCCGCCGGCUCGGCCACGGCCGCCGCCACCAUCUCGGGCCCCGGCAAGGGCCCAUACAAUGGCGAGGGCGGCGGCGCCAACGGCCCGCCGGUUGAGCGCGAUGAUGACGACGUCGGCGGGCGCGGCGGCGACAAGGAAGACAGCUUCUACGACGGCCCUACGGAGCUCCCGCCCGGCCCGCAGCCGUCGGUUGGGACGCCGUUCCAAACGUCGUCCGCCGCCCGCGCCAGCCUGGGGUCUGGCGGCGGCCCGCGCGAGUCCAAGUGGGGCCCGGUCGCUUCAGAGGACGGGCUGGGGCCGCUGCCGUCGACUGUGACCGGAGGGGACCUCAAGGGCAACCGCACCUGGCUCUCGAGCCUCUUCUCCGCCGACACGAUGCGCGAGUCGCGCCCUACGCUGUUUGCGCCCAACAGCGCUGCCGCCGACGACCCGAAGGCCGCCGCGGCCGCCGCCGCCGCCGCCGCGCGCGCGGCGGCGCGGCGGCCGUACAGGUUUUGGGUGUCAGACAUCCUGAAGCUGCUCAUCACGCACCUGCAGCUGCUCGGGCUGCUGCGCGGCCUGCGCAUCAACUGGCCCGAGGGCGUGGACGUCGCCGCGUGGCUCUCGUUCUUCGACCAGACGUCGACGGUGUCGUCCUGGGUGUCCCUCGACUGCUCCCUCGGCGAGGAUGAGCCCGGGGCGGCCGUGCGGCGCUCGGUCAAGCGGACGCUCGGGCUGCUGCUCAUGCCGAUCGUGGGCACCCUGGUGGGCAUGCUCUUCUGGGGCCUCUAUGCGCUGGGCGUUCACAUGCUCAGGCGCCGACGCCCCGAGCUGCAGCGGCUGACAUGGCGGACCCACUACCAGCCGCGCAUCAUCCUGACCACCGUGCUGGUUAUGUUCUACCUGUACCCGCAGGUCUCCAACGCCGUGGUGUCCAUCUUCGCCUGCACCCAGCUCGACGCCAGCGCGUCCGUGCGCACUGACUUUGUAAAGUCUACCACCAGCGGCGUCACGCAGCUCACGCUCCUGGGCGACGCGCUCGUGGCUAACGCGACCAACGGCUACUGGAACCAGGACACCGCCUACGUCUGCCUGACGGGCGCGCACACCUGGCUGUUCGGGCUGGGGAUCGUGUGGGUCGUCGGGUUCUGCAUCGGGUUCCCCGUGGCGAUGGUCGUGGUGCUGUACCUCAACCGGCGGGCGCUCGAGGAGUGCAUGGUCGACCUGCGCUACGGCUUCUUCUACGACUCAUACGACCCCAAGUACUACUUCUGGGAGUCGGUCGUGCUGGUCGAGAAGCUGCUCAUGGUCAUCGCCAUCACGCUGCUGCAGCGCUACAACGCGACCGUCCAGGUCCUCGUGGCCCUCAUCAUCAUCUCCCUCGCCACGGUCCUGCAGAUCACCUUCCGCCCCAGCGGCUGCGCGAUGCUGCACACGCUGCAGCGGUCGAGCCUGUUCGUGCUGCAGUGCACGCUGUUCAUGCUGAUGCUGUCGAACCUGCAGGAGGUUGCGGACCCGAAGGUCGUGCUCGCGGCGCUGGGCAUCGCCGCGGCCCUGAACCUGCUGCUUGUGGCGAUGUUUUUGCUGGCCUUCGGCAUCGAGGGGCGGCGGCUGAUGCUCGUCACAGUCGGCAAGAGCCCGAACGAGCGGCUGCUGUGGAGCGACGUAACGGGCUUCCUGCGCAAAUCGUUGUUCGGCGCGUGCGGCGGAGGCGCGGCGCGGGGCGCGAACGGGCGGGGGCGGGCGGCGCGGGCGGCGACGCCUGCGGCGCCGCAGCGGCAGGUUCCCACAGUCGUGGUGGCGAAGGGCGCGGAUCAAGUUUGA